CAGAAAUAUAGUCACGUGAUCUAUCAACUUUCACCCCGGAUAUCUACUGCUUGACUUCCCCUUAGCAACUGAGUGGCGACGCUUCGUUCCCUAGCAACCAGGCGAAGCGUCUGCUGCAAGGGAGCGUUUAAGAAGGAAACCCUGGACCUUUUUCUCAGUGAAGAGACUGCCUGGUUGAUUUGUAUGUAAAGCUUUCUGCUGCUUCUCCUACCUCUGUUCUUCACCAACGACACUAUCAUCAGGGAAGAUGAGCUGGCCUUACGACUCAAUGCAGCUGAAAGUGAUGGAUGACAACAUGCUCAAGGUAGCUGUCGGGGAACAGGGUCCUCAGGAAGAGGCCGGGCGGCUAGCCAAGCAGGAGGACAUCCUCUUCAAAGAUGUCCUGUCACUGCAGCUGGACUUCCAGAACAUCCUCCACAUAGACAACCUCUGGCAGUUUGAGAACUUGCAGAAGCUGCAGCUGAACAACAACAUCAUCGAGAGGAUCGAGGGCCUGGAGAACCUCACACACCUGGUCUGGCUGGAUUUGUCCUUCAACAACAUUGAGGCCAUUGAGGGGCUGGAUACCCUGGUCAACCUGGAGGACCUGAGCUUGUCCAACAACCGGAUCUCCAAGAUAGACUCCUUAGAUGCCCUGGUGAAGCUACAGGUGCUGUCACUGGGCAACAACCAGAUUGGAAACAUAAUGAAUGUCAUCUAUCUUCGCCAGUUCACAUGCCUACAAACGCUCAGCCUUGCUGGGAACCCCAUUGCUGAGGCAGAGGACUACAAAAUGUUCAUCUAUGCCUACCUUCCUGAUCUUGUGUACCUGGACUUCCGGCACAUUGAUGAGCAGGCGGCAAAGGUGGCAAAGAUAAAACACCAGUACAAUAUUGACGAGUUGAAGCACCGGGAGGCGCAGAUGCAGGCCCAGCUGGAGGAUGAGCAGGGACAACGGGAGAAGCUGGCGGAACACAAGUUGGCAUUCAUCGAGCACUUGGAUGGCUCUUUCCUGUUUGAGAGCUUGUAUGCUGAGGACAUGGAGGGCAACAAGCUGUCCUACCUGCCUGGUGUUGGUGAAUUCCUUGAGGCCUACAAGGACAAAUUUGUCAUCAUCUGCCUGAACAUUUUCGAGUACGGCCUGAAGCAGCAGGAGAAGCGGAAGAUCGAGCUAGACACCUUCAAUGAGUGCAUGCAAGAGGCCAUCCUGGAAAACCAGGAGCAGGGAAAGCUCAAGGUUGCCAAGUUUGAGGAGAGACACCUGCAGUGUUUAAAUGCCAUCCGAGAAGAGACAGAACUGUCCAACAUAGAAAAGAAGCUCAUAGAGUGCAGCGAUGACAUCAAUGAGCUAUUCAACAUGCUCAUGAUGCUGGAGAUGCAGCUGGUAGAGCAGCUGGAGGAGACUAUAAACAUGUUUGAAAGGAACAUCACUGACUUGGUAGGACUCUUUGUCGAAAAUGUGCAAAGCCUGAUGGCUCAGUGCCGAGACCUGGAGAACCACCACCAUGAGAAGGUUCUGGAGACUGCCAUCAACUACCUGGAGAAGAUCCUCAAGGGCGAGAUGGAUAAGGACUUACCUGAUGAUGUACGGGCGCUUUUUGUUGACAAAGACACGAUUGUUAAUGCGGUUGGGGCAUCACAUGACAUUCACCUCCUGAAGAUUGACAACCGAGAAGAUGAGCUGGUGACUGGGAUCAACUCUUGGUGUACCCAUCUAGUAGACAAGAUUCACAAGGAUGAGAUCAUGAGGAACCGCAAGCGAGUGAAGGAGAUCACUCAGUACAUCGGCCACAUGCAGAGUGAGCUAGACAACCUGGAAUGUGGUGACAUUAUAGACUAGUAUGAGCCAGACAGUGGGUCCCCUUUAGAGCAUGGACCUAGCCCAAUUACAGGGAUUCCUUAGCUCGCAGCUCCCCCAAUACCAUUCUAUCUCACCCUUGGGGGAAAAAAUCUCAGUAAAGAAAAAUAAAGGUCUGGUAUCGCUUUUCUCUUUGAGGGAGAUUAUGGUGAUGAUCACAUUCAUGCCUGAGUAGGACCAGGGUGGCUGAUAUUUGAUUGAAGGUGUAAGGUUAUAGCAAAACACUAAAUCUGAGUCAGUGCUCUUCUCUCAGCCAUGCCGAGUAGGCUGCAGGGUGGGCCAAGUCCUCCCUCUUGAAUG